GUCAGUGUGAUCAAUUUUCUUGACUUCCUUCUUUUGGAGUGGCUAGGCUGAAUACCAGAACACAGGAUAUGCUUCGCAGUGCUCUCAGUUUCUCAACAGCAGCAGCAGCAGAAGCAGCAGCAGCAGGCGUGAGGACGACACACUCUGCAGUCAAGAUGAGUGCUGGGGAUGUAGUCUGCACCGGCUGGCUCAUUAAAUCCCCCCCGGAGAAGAAACUAAAGAGAUUUGCAUGGAGGAAACGCUGGUUUGUGCUUCGAAGAGGUCGCAUGAGUGGUAAUCCUGAUGUGCUGGAGUACUAUCAGAGUAAGAACUCCAAAAAGCCAAUCCGCACCAUUGAUCUGAAAGAGUGCGAGGUCGAAAUGCUGAACGGGCAACUCAGGAUAAAGCGAGACUUCAAUGGAAAGCACCUCUUUGUGGUGAAGACCUCAGCUCGCAUUUUUUACCUGGUGGCCAAAACUGAAGAAGAAAUGAACGGCUGGAUCAGUAGCAUCAGUCAAAUUUGCCAGUUUGGGAGCCUGGAGGAUGCAGAGAGCUCAGAAGAAGGCUUUCCUCACACCCCCACCUCCCUUCAGCCGUCACCUGACAUCUCUGACCGAGCGUCUUUAUCAAGCCAACUAGAUUCCAGUCAUCCACCGGACUACCUCUUUCUCUCACAGUGUGAGACAGGGAGUGUAAGCACUAGACAUGACAGCUUUUCAAACUCUGACAUCUCUCUGGAGCAGAAGUCAUCAGACAAUGCUGUCAAGGAUAUUGUCCCCUCACCUCUUUACAACGAUUCCUCCUCAUCCUCCAUCACUCUUGCUGACUCCAGUCCAUCUCUUUUCCUCCAAGGAAGGUUGACAAACCCUCCUUUCAGCGCUCCAUGCACCUCCAUGGCUUUACCAUCAUCCUCCACCUCUCCACUACGUCACUGUGCCGCAAGUGUCUUUCAGUUUGACAAACCUUAUCAUUCUGCGUCGCUUGAGGCAACGGGGGACAGACAAACACCUCCUUUGCUGCCGCCCAAGCCUAAUCACCGUCCAGAGCAGCUAAGUGAUGAAGUAGCUCACAGGCCAAGGGUAAUGACUGCUCGGCCUUUCUCAAGCCACACUGCAUUUUUUCCCCGGAGGACUUCUCUGUCAAGCCUGGACCAUUUCAGAAUAGGAGAUGCUGAUAGCAGAUCAGCGAGGAACAGGAGGCAGAGUCUUAAUCUGCCUUGUUUAAAUACCAUACGAGUUCAAAGCUACCAGGACGAGUCAUAUGUCCCCAUGGCUUCCCCUUCUCCCUCUGUUACCACUGGUGAUUGUGAUGGAUAUAUCCCCAUGAGCCCUGGGGCAUUCAAUUUCCACAAUACAAGCUGCAAUGUUGAAUCCUCCACAACCCUCAGCCCACUAAUGUGCAAACCUGGAGAUCUUGCACCACCUCCAAUUCACCGGCAUCUCAAGCCAAUUUUAAGGAGAGCUCGACCCCCACCUCUUGACUUGAGAGGCCUCUCUACAAUCACAGAAUGUCCCACUCAUCUUCCUUUGAGCAGAACAAUGACUGAACAUUGCUUUUCAGUGAACUGUUUACCUGAAAGAAGACUUGAGAAUGCGGACAAUCCAAGACUUGAUGACACAAACUGCACUGCUAUGGAGUCAAUUCAACCGUCCUAUCUCACCUUUGACGGAGUAGUUCAACCCUGGGCGAGAAGAUCAAACCUUGACUAUCUGUCACUAGAUUUCAAUUCUGCAUCCCCCUCUCCUGUGCAGAAGCAGAAGCCCUUUCUGUCUGAUGAGUACAAAGUGGAUUACGUGCAAGUGGAUGAGAAGAAGACUCAGGCACUGCAAAGCACCAAAAUGGAGUGGACAGAUGUCCGGCAGUCAAAAACAUGAAUGGAAAAUACACGAUGAAAAAAUCAGGAACACUUGGUUUCAAGAAGACCAACAAUAACACCAGCACGGAGGACAAUUAUGAAGAGGACCAAAAACUAUGUACAAGCACUUUUAAAAAUCAGUAUUAAAUAAAAUAAAAGCACAAGCGUCAGUAAGCAGUUACUGUAGGUGCUUGUUUGAAGGUUGGAAACACAAUAUUUCACUGUAAAAACAUAUUUAACUCUCAGUAAAUCUGUACUGUAUAUAAUACCAGAUUGUGCUCUAUGUCACAAUGACUUUAACUGUAGCACAAGUUUUACCAAAAUUUUGAAAACAGCAACAUAUUGUUAAAAGAAUUCUGUGUGACUUGCUGUAAAUGUAAUUGUGAGUAAUUGUGACUGUAAAGAAGAAGAAUAUUUUAAUCAUAAAAUGUUUUAUAUAUAUAUAUUUCUCUUUCAUAAAGGGCAUAAAAUGACUCAAAACGAUUUCUCUACAACCUAUGCAGCAUUCCUUUAGUGUUUGCAAUGUUUUCAUGUUACUGAAAUAGCAGUGCAUUAAACAUUCAACACUCUGAGAACAGCACACUUUUGCUUUAUAACUUUUAUGUCUGUGUCUAAAAUGUUGGGGGGGAGGGGGGUGAAGGCUUUUAUUUCAAGUGUGCAAGUGAAACUGCUACUCUGCACCCUACCAAGCGGUAUCUAUAAAGAUUCAGGCAGGAAGUUAUGGAAAUUAUUUCACGUAUAUAUCCCCACAAACCUUGAUUUGAAAAUGUUAUCUUUGGUUAUACUGAUUUUAAGACAGAGGACUAUUUUUUUGUGACUAACCUUUUCCUGCUUCUAGCUAAAUAUUACAUCCAUGAGUCACAGUUCAGUUGAAGCAAACCAUCAAACACUGUUUUCAUGAUCACUGUCAAAAAUUAUAAUUGAAAUAAUUUAUAUUUUUUAUCCAUUUCCUUUACACCAAAUGUCUUUUUUCUCACACAUUUUUAUUUAUUGUGUUUUUGAUUAUUUAUUUAAUUAUAUGUGUCAUUUGUCUUAUGCCUUCCCUUCUGAAAUGUUAUGCUUAUGCUCUGAAUAAAGUUUAUAUAAAAAAAA